CAAUGUUUUGGCUGCCGUCUGCCGCAUGCUUGCUAUACAUUGCGUGUAUUCGGGUACCUAUAUACGUGUUCCCAACACAGUGUAUGGGAAUUGAGCUUGUAGAGGCGGUAGAGGCACAUAAAAAAACUGUCAGAAGCUGUGAGGGACAAAAAUCUAGAGCACAAGCAGCCGUCGCGAGUCGAGUCCUUGCGUGCCAGGUUCUCCGAAAUUGGGAAAGAAAAAUCAAUCGCCACUUCAGUUUCCCGAACAUCGGUAGGAUGGAUUUUCGGACCCCAGACCGAGCGGACUCAACCUGACCUGGUGGCGACUGUCUUCAGUUUCUCUUCGGUCUAUCCCAACUCUAUAUCUGCCUACCGUAGAGAUAUCGGAUAGGAAUCUGUUCUUCUGUGUCGAUUUGUCUUUUUUUAAUUGCUGCGUGGUGUCUACCGGUGGAAGACCUCUAUCUCUGCGUCAUUACCGAAGCACUCCCCUUCCGUCCAAUACAGUAUUGUACGUACGUCGUCGGUACAGAACGUACAACUUCAACUUGUGAUAGCUUGUGUGGAAGAACCUGUGAGUGGGUAACCUGCUGAGGAGGUAUGAUUAAGUUCCGAAUCUCGCAACGGCAGGUUGUCGCGUGUGUGGCUUACUUUGUCGUCCUGGUAUAUUUGCUGUGGCCGGGUAGAUUUGCUAGUCGGUACGAGUACAUCGAAGGCGAGGAGAUCUACGAGCAGCUGGUGCGUAAGACGACAAAGAAUGUGAGCCUGAUGCGGAAUGGGAUACGAUGUGAUUACAGUGAUGUACUUGAGGAAAAUGUGUACCUUUAUCGGAGGCCUUUCACCGAAGAGAUUAUCAACAAUAACGUUAGACUGGGUGGCGAAUGGUACCCGGAGGAUUGUCUUCCAAGUUUCAGUACGGCUAUAAUCAUUCCGUACAGGCAGCGGGAAAGUCAGUUGAAUCAGUUUUUGAUCUACAUGCACAACUAUCUACGGCGGCAGAGGAUUCACUAUAGGAUAUUUGUGAUCGAGCAGUACGAUCCGAAGCCUUUUAACAGGGCGAAGCUGUUCAACAUAGGGGCGUUGAUAGCGAUGAAGCUGGACUACCCGUGUUUGGUGCUUCACGAUGUGGAUCUGAUGCCACUGCAGUUGGGUCAUCUAUAUGCGUGUUCUCAGCAGCCGCGGCACAUGUGCUCCAGUUUGGAUGCAUUUCGGUAUAAUCUGCCGUACCGGGGACUGUUUGGCGGUGUGGUUGGAAUACAAUCGCAUCAAUUCAUGAAAGUCAACGGUAUGUCCAAUAUGUUUAGUGGAUGGGGCGGAGAGGACGAUGAUUUUUUCGCGCGGUUGAAGAGCAAGGAGAUCGAUAUAUGCCGGUUCAGUCCGGAGUACAGUCGAUAUACGAUGCUGAAGCAUCGCAAGGAGCCGCCCAAUAAGGAUCGGGUUGCAUUCCUGAGAAAUGGGCAUUUACGAUACCACACGGAUGGGUUGAACUCGCUAGUAUACAAAGAGGUAGGCUUCAAACUGCACAAUUUGUUCACACACGUUCUGGUUGAGACGUAAGCGCAGGGUGCGGAGGCUUGUCACUGUUAUCUACAUUUUGUUUAAUUAGCUUUUUCCAUUGAAGGGUGUUUGCAGUAUUGACGUAUAGACAUGAGUUACUAGCUUAGAUGAAGUGGUUUCUAUUUAUUUAUUUAUAUAAACAUUUCGUUUUUUAAUUGAUGGCAUUCUGGGAUAUCAUUAGGAUCACUUAGGACGUCUAGAAUUACAUGAUUGCGUAUCAAUGUAGCUUUUGUGUGGUGAUUCUGCAUCAUGAUCCACCACAUGACAAGUUUAUCGCAUAUGCAUUACUAUGUUAAGUUGUUGAAUUAGCUUAUUGUUUCUGAUUUAUCUCUUUAUCUCUAUUCUUGAGUUUUUGGUGUCAUACUGGCGUGAUUUCCGAGAUCAAUUUCUCUUCAUAGACUUUCUCUCGUUAUAAUAACAUGACCUGGCAAAUGUUGUCGACUGUAACAGAUUAACAGUUAUUCUUGUUUUAGUAGCAAUGUUGGUAGCGGAACAUGGCCAGUAUUUUAAGGUGAAGCGAGCCAUCAUUUAAAUUUGUACACGUCGUUGAUGAUUUUUGCUGAAUCACGUCACAAUUCCGAAUUGAAGAAAAUCAGUUGGUAUCGCAGUGGUGUAGCUGAAAAAGUAUCAGCAUACUUUCAGCAAGUAAUCACACAUAGACAGUGAUAGUUUUCCAUAUCAAUAUCAACUAUGAGGACACUGAGUUUUAUUACUUUGAAAUUGCGAGCCGCAAUGCCAACAUGGUUGCCAAAACAAAUGACGGGCUACUUAGCCUUAAUAUAAGUCUCCAAAAGUCUCUACAUCUAGUGGAGGGUAUCUCAAGACUCAUUGAAAAACUAAAAGUCUUCAAAGUCAUUAUUUGUUGCUCCUUGGAGUGAAGCCUGGUUCAAAACUCUAGAAGCUCCAGAGAACCUUUCAAAGAUGAUUAUUCUCUAAGAUUUUCUGCUUAGAUUACUCAAGGAAAAGCUUCAGAAAUUCUUCUAGUCAUUUCUCAAUAGAUUUCUUCUGGAAUACACUCAAGGAUCCUCCAGAAACUCUUCUACGUAUUUCCCACAAGCUCUCCCAUCAAUUCGUUCAAAACCCAAGCAAUCAAAAGUUCAGAUAGAGGGGCAUGUUUUGGCUUAAGCAGCUCACUUUUAAAGUAAUUAACCGAAGUUUAGUUCACAUGAAGUUCAGUUGCUUAAAAAGAAUGAUGUUUACCAUAAAGUAGGGAAAAAGUUCGUCUCGAACUUGUCUGAACUUUCUAGUUGUUGAUAAGUGCAUGAGUUACAUGUUCGAGAAUGAAUCGAGUAUCCCCGGACAACCAGAAAUCGCAUAAAAGUUCACGUAAUAACUCUUUAAUUCAUAUAAACUACAUCAAACCUGCAAAACAUGGUGAAUAAAAUCGUCAGAUUGAUGGGUUCACUCGCAUAAAAUGCUUUUUUUUCUGAGUUCUUUUAUACAUUUUGUUCCGACUCGUACACUCGUACAAAGUAAGUCGAAUCAAUGCGUAGCAGCUGUCAAAUCAACAUUUGUUAUCAUAAGUGAAGUCGCAUAAGAUCACAGGUUAGUUCGGUAGGAAAUUUAUACACUCGCAUUGUAUGCUAUCAUUCAUCACAUAAUAUAUGCACGUAUAUCGCCUCCACUUUUGUACGUAGAAGGCCUUUUCGCGACAUCUUAUAAGUGAAAUUUUGCACAUACAAAGCCUCCAGGUGAUUUCGUUAUCCGUACAUAUUGGUUGUCUGGGUCCGUUAUGUUCUUUAAUUCAGCGAUAUAGUUUCAUUGCAACUCAAAAUCUACUAGGAGUGAACUUUUGAGACCUCUUAAUUGCUUGGAAAAUUCCUUCAGAGAUUUUUCGAGAGAUGUUUGGAGAAAUUUCUUCAGAAAUCGCUCCAGGAAAAACAACGCAAUUACCUCCAGCAAUUUCUACUGAGAACACUUGGCAAAUUUUCCCAGAUACUAUUCCAGGUUUUUCCACCAACAUAACAUUGCAAAGACAACAGAUGGCACUUUUCCAACGGUAAUAAUCCUUUCAAGACGAAGCAGCACAAUUGUGCUGAACAUAGUUUUUGAAACGGCUCUUCAUGGGAUUUACAUAAAAUGUCUCUUCGUCUUCAAUUUUCCAUAGUCAAUUUGUGGAGAGUACCUUCCAUUCUGAACCGUUAACGCCUAUCAAGAGGAAGUUGACCAGAAAGGUAAAAAAUCCGUCCCGAAAGGGAUAAAAU